CGGCACCCCGACUUGUGACUCCUGGUGUGAGUCUUCUGAACCAUGGUCUAGUUGCGCAGAGAGUGGCAGGAAGCCGCCAUGGCCAUGGCUGCUUGUUUUGGAAGGUUUGGGGUCGUACCUUGGCGGAUGUCCCCCUCACCUGUGGAAUGGCCCAGUCCGGUCUUUGCACGCGGCAGGUGACACCCAUUUGGGACACCCUGCAGGUGAGACUGAGUGUUGUUCGACGGACACCGAGGCAGGAGCUCUUCCGUAUGGUGCGCCCGCAAGAGCCGCAGCUCCUGUGUCUACGGGGUGGUCCAGAGUGAAACCCUUGGCGGCCAAGCACCCACAAGAACGGCCAAAGAAAGGGGUUGCCUGGAUUGCUUCGGCCAAGCAUGUGGAUGAUUUUUGGGAUGCUGAUGGGAGGACACCGGGAUGGGUGGCGCGUGAUGCCCCGCAGUGGGUGGGCUGGCCUCGUUUCAAAGGCCGAAUAUAGUCCAAGUGUUGUGUUGUCUGGUUUUUCUCUAUCCCCCACUGACCGGCCCGCUAAUCAAAAGUCGAAGGAAAAAGUCUCUAUCCUGCUAGGGAAGGAUGUUGCACAUCUCCCGUGGUCGCCCCGCUUUGGCCCCUUCUCGGCUCUUCGUCCAAAAGGGGGGGGCGGACCGCGCGCGGGCGUCGCGUGCGGGCGCGUCGCGCCCGGCUCCGUUAGCAAUGAAGAUGGUGCGUGGGCUGCUGAUUGCCUGCUUUGUGGCACAGGCGCGUGGCCUCGUCGCACGGGAGCAUGAGACCCCUCAGGCCCUUCAGGUGCCUGCUCCAUCACCAGAGGCUGCCACAAAGGUGGCGCCCACCUAUGCACCAGCUCCAGUGAAGAUGCCGUUGAUCACCAGGAUCUUGGAGCCGCUGCUGGGAAAGCAGGUGGCCGGCAUGGAUCAACACGGGUGCCUUCAUCUACGCAAUCAUGAUGCAGGACUCGCCCGUGCGGGGCCUGUGGCUCUGCACCGUCUGGGCUUCGGCCGCGUCGGUGGACCCGGCCGUGACCGCCAUGGAAGGCGGCGUGGGGAUGAUCGCCACUUUCGGCGGCCUGGUGCUGCUGGCCGUGCUGCUGACGACCAUCUCGGACUUCUUUGCGGAGCAGCAGCGGAAGUCCAACGAGGGCCGCGAUCCCAUCGUGGAGGGUGGACAUUUGGUGCUGCUCGGGCUGUCCUCGCAGACCAAGCAGUUCCUGGAGGAGCUGGCGAUCUGCGAGGCGAGCAGCGCGCCGACCACGGUGGCGAUUUUGCACACGUUGCCCAAGUCCGAGAUCGAGCAAGAGAUCAAGAGGCAGAACACCAACACGGGCGAUUUGAAGAUCGUGUGCCGCAGUGGUCUGCCGUCCUCUGCGUCGGACCUUUGGAAAGUGGGCGCCGAUGUCUGUAGCAGGAUCGUGAUCCUGGACGAGCCGGCGCUGCCGCGGGACGAGGCGGAUGCCAUCACCUUCGGGACCUUGUUGACCCUCCGAGGCCAGGGAGCUUGUGGCUGGCCACAUGGUGGGCAUAUCGCAGUACAGUGCUGCCUGGGAAAGAACGUCACGUUCAUGAACGACCUUUAUCCAGGCAAGACCUUUGUCCUGAGUGGCGAACGCCUCGGACGGCUCAUGGUGCAAAGUGCUCAAGACCAGGGGCUCUGCCCCAUCUUCAACGCGAUCAUCGGCUUCGAGGGCGACGAGUUCUACUCGGCCAGCGCGGAGAGCUUGAAUUUAGCGGGCAAGCUCUUCCAGGAGGCGCCCUUCUGGUGUGAGCAGACGGUGCCCAUCGGCAUCCGCGACAGUGGUGGGGCCUACCACAUCAACCCGGAGAAGUCCUAUGAGAUCAAAGAGGACGAUGAGGUGAUUCUCCUGGCCGAGGACGACGACGCCCUGCAGCCGUUGUCGAAGCCGCUGAUGGACUUCGAAGCGUGGAAGAUGAAGUUUGGCUCCGCCACCUUCGAGGAGUCCGACCCCAACGACAACGAAGUGGUGCAGGUGCUGAUUUGCAACUUCACCGAACGAGGAUAUGGUUGUGCCAUCCUCUUGGCGUUGGAUGAGAUGUGUGGAGCUGGAUCUGAGUGUGACAUCUACUGCUCGCUGUCAGAAGAUGAGGUGAUCUCAAUCAUCAAGAACGCGGAGGAGGAAGCCGAUAGGACCUUGAAGAACAUCAAGGUGCGGAAGAUCUUCACAGUUCCGCAGCAUCAGAUGACCUCGCGACACAAGAUCAACGUGAUGCCGCUGCAGGACUAUGACUUCAACUUCGUCCUGGCCGAUGCGGCUUUGGGCUUUCAAAAGGCCGAUGAGCAGACCGUGGCGAUGAUCAUUCAGAUGAAGAGCUUGAUCCAGGAGAGCUUCCCUGAGCACAAGUUCGAGCCUUUGGUGGAGGUCUGCACCCCGAACGCCACUCUGCAACUGGAACUCUGUGGCAUCCAGAACACCAUCAAUACGAUCUCGAUGAUGUCCAAAGCUAUGGCCUUGGUGGCGAUCGACACACUGGCGCAUGGUGUGCUUUCGGACUUGCUCUCGGCCACAGGGAACAACAUGGACAUCAUGUACUUGAAGGACUACUUGGGAACUCAGCCGCUCCCGCAGCAGAUCACCUUCGUGGAGAUCGCGGCCAUUGUGAACCGCGCGGCGCAGCAGGUGGUGAUCGGCUGGUCGGAGAGCAAUGAGCAGGGGGAGAAGGUCUGGGUGGUGAACCCGAAGAACAAGCUGCUCCCGAGACCUUGGAGCGCGGAGGACAAGAUCGUGGUCAUCAAGGACGUGUGAGCAGCUGGAACGGCCACUGCUCCAUCCAAGCGCUCCUUUUCCGUCAUCCGAAAAAAGCGGCCGGACGCGUGCCGAAGAUCCUCCGGCUGUUCGCCUCGUC